UUCAUUUGUCAAUUAAAAGUGACAUUAAUUUUGAAUUCUCAAACAUCAGUUUACUUAUAGUUUGGUAACUUACAAAAAAUCUAAAUACCUAAUAAAAUUAAAAAUUCAACAGUUCAAUACACACAACAAUGCAGUCAAUAAUUAAUUUUACUUCAACUGUAAUCAGAUACAAAAAAUUCAAUAAUAAAGUUAUUAGUUAUCUAUUUUGCUGGUGUAUUGUUUUUAUUAUGACAUAUGUUACCGGUGUCACUUUUGUUUUGACUUUCGGUGAUGUGCUUCAAUGCAAACGCCCCCGUACGGAAUGCUUUUAAAACUGGAAGUGUCAGAUCAGAUUCCGGUCAAAUGUCAAUGUGUGGCCGCACGAUCAUGUGUUGUUUUGAUUGUGUUGACUCGUGAAUGCAAAGUGACAUCGCCUUUGAAGCUCGAAUAUCGGCUUCGACUUAUAGUUUUAUAUUAAAAAGUGGAGUUCAAAUAAUAUUGAUGAAAGAUGGGUGAUUUUUUAAGAUCGAGUAAUUCCUUCGGACAGACUUUGCUACGGCUUGUUGCUCGAGGAAACGCUAUUAUUGCGGAACUUAUGCGGUUAAAAAACUACCUGCCGCCGCUAUACAGGUUGGAGUCAAAACACGAUGUGCAAAAAUAUGGUGCAUUAAUUGUUGAUUUUGCUUAUUUCAAAGCAGCGACCGCUUAUGAACAGAAAAUCGAAAAUAAUCCCGUACUGCAAGAAUUGGAUGAAGAACUUCGGAAGAAUUAUUCAGAUAUACUUUCAAGAUUUUACUCAGGCUUUGAAAGUAUUCAUAAGUACAUAACUGAUUUUAACAGUUAUAUCGAUGAAAUGGAAGAUGGAACUUAUCUUCAAGAAUCUUUUGAAUCAGUUAUGAUGAAUGAAGAAGGAAAGCAAUUAAUUUGUGAAGCUAUUUAUUUGUAUGGAAUUAUGUUACUACUAGUUGAUUGUUAUUUUGAUGGACAAAUACGGGAGCGUUUACUUGUUUCUUAUUACCGAUACAAUGUUCAAAAAGUUUCAUCCACUAGAGUAGAUGAUGUUUGUUUGCUACUCAGAUCUACUGGCUUCAGCAGAAAUUUAAACAAAAGACCACAAAACUAUCCUGAAUCAUACUUUCAGAGAAUACCGAUUAGUGAGUCAGUACUAGACUUGACUAUAGCUCGUUUACGUUUAGAUGAAAUUUAUAAUCAAACAAGUGCAUAUCCACAUCCAGACCACAGAAGUAUAGCUUUAUCUAAUCAAGCAUCUAUGUUAGUGAUCAUUUUAUGUUUCAAACCUUCUAUCUUAAUAACCCAGUCUGCUACAAUGAGAGAAAUUGUAGAUAGAUUUUUUCCUGACACUUGGGUAAUCAGUGUGUACAUGGGUAUUAUCAUAGACUUGGUUGAUUGGUGGAGUCCGUAUAAAGCUGCUAAAGCAGCAUUAAAUAAUACUCUAGAAAAUUCAAACAUUAAGAGAAUUUCACAAAAGUAUGGGCAACUUAUGGAGAAACAAUUAAUCAAAACUGGAGAAGCUCUUUCAUCUUUAAAUUUGGAUGAAGGAAAUAUAGGAUCUGUGAUAAAAUUAACUAGGGAUUGUAAUGUUACCUUACAUUGGAUAAUGUUACAUACAGCUACACCUACCAUUUUGAUAGAAGAUUCAAAACGAUUGAGAAACUUGAAGCAACUAAUAAUUCAGGAUAGCAAAUAUACUGUAGAAAAAACUUUACGAUUGUUACUAAACUCUGCUCAAAUUGAAUAUAAUAUCAAACAAAUGUACAAACAGUUGCUGCAAGAUAAGGAAAACAAAUGGGUUAAAAACAAAGAAAAAUGUAUCCUAAAAAUUAACAGAUUAGCUGAUGCAUUUUCUGGAGUCAAACAAUUAGAUGAUAUUGAAAAAAAUCAAACACUGGAAAACUGGUUUAGAGAAAUUAGUAAACACAUUGAAUCAGUGUUGGAGGAUGAUGGAAAAAAAAUUAUGCAAUUACUUCAGGCUUUGGAAGAAGUACAAGAAUUUCAUCAAUUAGAAAAUAAUUUGCAAAUAUUACAAUACUUGAAAGAAGCUAGACAAAUUUUACAUAAUAUGUUGCGAUCAAGUUUAAUGAACGAGGAUACAAUAAUUGCUUUAAAUAUUGUCACAGACUGUUGUUAUGCUUGGAAUAUUAUGGAAGCAUUUAUACCUGAAAUGCAGAAUCGAAUUAAAGCUGAUCCAAGUACUGUGAUUCAGUUGAAAGCCUUGCUUUCAAAGAUGGCUUCAGCUUUAGAAAUGCCAUUAUUACGAAUUAAUCAAAUAAAAAGUCCGGACUUGGCCUCUGUCUCUCAGUAUUAUAGUAGAGAGUUGGAAAGUUAUGCAAGGCAUGUUUUACAAAUAAUUCCUGAAUCAGUAUUUGCAAUACUCGCUCAGAUUGUAGAUCUUGAAACUAAUGUAUUUCAUGAAAUACCAAGUAAAUUGCAUAAAGAUAAAGUCAAAGAUUAUGCUCAAUCUCGUGAAAGGUUGAAGAUGGCAGAACUAACAUAUUCUAUUUCAAUUUUCACAAAUGGUAUGCUGUCUCUGGAAAGUGUAUCGCUAGGUAUUCUCAGAGUAGACUCUCAUAGACUCUUAGAAGAUGGAAUUAGACAAGAACUUGUAAAAAAAGUUACUUUAGCUUUACACAAUAGUCUAGUUUUUGAUGCUAAAUCGAAGGAUUUAUUGGUCAACAAAUUGCAAGCUUUAUCAACUGUGAUGGAUGGGUACAGAAAAUCAUUCCAAUAUAUACAAGAUUAUACAAAUAUAAAUAGUUUAAAAAUCUGGCAUGAAGAAAUUUCAUACAUUAUAAGUAAAGCAGUGGAAGAAGAAUGCAAAGGUUCUCUAUGGAUUCCAGGUAAACCAUGGUUAUUUUUGCCAGAAGAAAAACCAGUGAUUAAUUUACAACCGACGGAUUCAAAUUCACAAACCUUUAUGGGUAGACUUGCCAGAGAAAUAACUCGCAUUACGGAUCCAAAAACAACCAUGUACGCGGAACGAGAAUUUAUUUGGUACGAUCUGAAAACUCAAGCCGAGGUGUCGAAUCAUAAAAUCUUUUCAAUGAUUUUACAAGCAAUGGAUGCACCCGGGCUUAUAGGAUUGGAUAAAAUAUACUCGUACUUUAUAGCAACUGAAAUUCAAAGAACCGUGAAGUUUAUUGAUAGUGGAAUAAAAAGUAAAACAUGGGCCAAUACAUUGAAAGAAUGCGAAACAUUCCAAAAUUCCGAUAAUUUAAAAGGUAAUAGAAGUCGAUUUUUACUUCUGGUUAACAACUUGGUAACAAAAUCGUGGGUGCAGUUAUUCGAUUCAAUACUAAAAAUUGGCCAUUGGCAGCUGUUAAGGCAAAAAAUAUCCUGCCAAUUAAACUCUGCUAGUCAAAGCGAGGCUCAAGAUAUAGAAGCUUCAUUAAGAACUUUAAACGAUGCUGUGUUAGCAGAAGUAGAAGAGAAAGGUCUAAAUUCUUUUGAACCAGAGUUCCUGAAUGAAUUGAGUGCAAUGUUAGUGGCUGUUGGAAUAACCGAUGUAAAAAAUAAAAUUUACUUUCAGCCGCCAAAAAUGAAUAACAUAGAUAAUAUCCUGUUUUUAUUGACCGUGCCACAAUUGCAUAAAAUACAUUUUUGUAAAAAUUUAGCAUAUUUAACAAGUAAAAAGAUUCAAGAUCCAGUUGAUCCAAUAAUACUAAUUUUGGGUCUACAAACGUUUUUGAAGCAAUUCGGAAUAGAUUAUUUGAAUUCUUUUGUAACGCUUGUCAGUAAAUAUAUUUUAUCGUUUAUCGAAUCAGACUGCUCAAAAUUAUCCGAUGAAUUCGAAACUGAAACAAUUGCAGGAUUGCGCUUUUUGGAACUUUUUACAAAGCACGCAGGGAUUUCUAAAAAGUUAAUUUAUCAAACCAUUCCCAUACUUGCCUGUCACCAUUACGAAGUUAAAUUACUUUUGGCGAAGUGAGGCCCUUGUGCGACUGCCUUUAUAACUGUUUCAUAUUCUAAAAAGUUGUAAAUAAUACAUUUAUAAUUUUAUAUCAAAUUUUUGUGAUUAAAGAGAAAAAAUAAAAGAAAA